GCCACGGGCUGUGAGAGGCGAGGAGGGGUAACCGGAUGUUUGGCCGCCUCAGUCGCCCGCCCGCACGCUCGCAGGCCUCGGGAGUCUGCCCUUGGUCCGCAGUGGCGGGCCAGGCCUCUCGGGCUGAAGGGGUUUGGAGAACUGUGGAUCGGAACGGGCCUGCUAGGUUGAAUGGGACUUUGCUUUUUCUUCAGUCUCAGGGGAGAGUGUGUGGGAGUUGGGGGCGGGAAAAGAUGUCUCUUUGGGCCGCUGGGCGCUUUCCUAGACGCUAAAGAGUGGAAGCGGCAAUGCAGAUGACGGCAGGAUGAGACGAGGACCUGGGUUAAGCUCUGGCAGGUGUGAAGAAGAGCCAGAUCUGUUUCUUACGUUACCUCCAGGACUUGACAUUUGCCAGGAUGUGAAAGAGGAAAUAAAUGAGCUCUGAGUUUUGACCUUCUGACUUCAGACCCCAGCAGAAUAAGGAAGGGAGAAAGAGGAGAAAGAGCAGAGAUGUGAAGGACAAAAACUCAAACCUUAAUUGUCCACGAGAGAAGGCUAGUCUUUGAGUGGAGCUGGCCUUCUGCCAGAGAAACACUUCACAGAUCUAGAAUGCUGCUUAGAACUUAGACAAAGCGGAGAACUUUGUCCUAGAGAUGAGCGGUUUGCGUUCACAAAUGCGUGUUUAGGUAGAAGUUAGCAUCGCAUUAACUCGUGCAUUUUUCAAAAGGUAGACAGUGUCUCUGCAUCCAUCCAGUAAGGAUUAGUUGAGCACCUACCGGAGACAUAACAGGUUCCCUACUGCUUAGUUCACGCCUGUCCUCUCUCCCUGUGUUCAGCGAACACUGAGCAAGUGUCAAGCAUCACACUAGGCACUAAGACAGCGCUGAGUUAACUGAAUUCACUCUUUUGGUAGGAAUAGCAACGCGAAGUGAAAAGUUCUGAAGAGAUCAUUUAGAACAAUAGGAGACCAUUACUUCGGGAUCAGACGUGGAAUUCAGUCCCUACUCUCAUUUGCUAGGACAGCAACCUCACUGAACCCAUUUCUUCACGUUUAAAUAAUAUAGCAACACAUUGCAAGGAGUGAAGCUCAUAGUAGGUGCUCAGUAAAUGGUAACUCUUAGAAGAGUACCGAUAGGCAUUGCACUGAGUACUGGGAGACUACGGAAAAGGGAUUUCUAACAAGCUGACAAGCAAAACCUAGCUCCCGUAUCCCGGCGGAUGCAGUGCUGAGUCCUAAAGAAUAAGUAGGAAUUAAAGACCGGUAAAGUGUCGGGCAAGGAUGUUCCAGGCAGAGGAAGUGGCCCAUGUGAAAAAGAGUGGUCACAGUGUGUGGCUGGUUUCCUCAUGGCUGUGGCUGAAAGAUGAGCUGGUGAGGUGGGAGAAAGGCUGUCAGGGACCAGUUUAUGAAGGACUCUGUAUACAUACUAAGGAGUUUGGGUGUUUGUCAUGUCAGUUCUAGAGAGCCAAUGAAGGCUUUAAGCACGGAUGAGAUACAGUGGGAAUUCGGCUUUAGGAAGAUCGCUCCUAAGGAUCUUCUCGCUUUAGGAAGAUCUCUCCUAAGAUCCCUCCUUUAGGAAGAUCUGCUCCAGCAGUGUAGCAGAUGAGUGAGUUCAGUGGAGGGAAUCCAGGAGGAAUGUAAUGGAAAUAAUCCAAGUAAAAAGCAGUGAGGGCUUGGCAGGAAUGAGAUGAGCAUUGAAUGAAUUGGAAAGUAGGUUUCAGAGAGUAAGGAGGUGACAUCUUUACAGCUUUGUAGCUGAUCAGAUGUAUUGGAAGGGGCAGUUGUGGAGAGGAGUGUUAGGAGGUCUUGGGUUCCUAAGCUGAGCAGCUGGUAAGGGGUCGUGUUAGUCACUUGAGUACAGGAGCUGGGGCAAUUCUGGAAUAAAGGUGGGAGUUCUGCUGUGUUAUAACAGCUUUAUUGAGAUACGAUUUACACAUACCAUAUGGCUCGUUAAAAGUGUACAAUUCAGUGGUUUCUAGUAUAUUCAGAGUUGUAAGACCAUCACCACUAAUUCCAGAGCAUUGUCAUCAUGCCGAAUAUAAGCUCUGUACCCAUUAGCAGUCACCCCCAUGUCCUCCCAACUUCCCCAGCUCCUGGCCACCAUUACUCUGCUGUCCUUCUCUACAGAUUUGCCAAUUCUGGACAUCUCACUUAAAUGGGAUCAUAUGUAACCUUUUGUGACUGGCUUUGACUUCUUUCACUUAGCCUUAUGUUUCCAAGGUUUAUAAUUUGGAAGUUUUUGUCAUUCAGCAAGAAUUUCUUGAGAUUUACUGCAUACCAGGCGCUACAGCUAAAUAGUGUAAGAAAGACAAUGUCUCUGCUCUUAGGGAGCCUUCAUUUUAAUAGAAACAAACCGUAAGUAAGUGGAUAUAGUAACCUCGUGUUAGUAUAAAUGUUGUGAUAGGUAGAGUUGUGCGAAGGGCAAAGGAGAGGAGGUAGUCAAGAGGAGGCCUCAGAAGGUGACAUUUGGACGGAGAUCCAAAGGAGCCAAUCGUGUCAACAUCUGAGGGCAGAACAUUCUAGGGAAAAAGAGCAAGGACAAGGGACUUGAGGUGAAGACGAGUUUGGCGUAUUUGGCCAUGAGGUGCCUGUGGGAUUUGCCAGUAGAAAUACCUAACUGCCUACAAGUACAGACUUGGAACUCAUCAGCAUGUCACACGUGUGGGACCGAAGAUCACGGAGCCUGAGAAGAGGGCCGAGGAGAGGCCCGCGCACUGUCAACGUGUGAAGUGUGGGCAGAGGCCUGUGAGUGUAGGGAAUCUCCAGAGGAAAACCAAUGAGGCAGAGGAGAGCGUGACUCAGAAACACCAAGGGAGAAGAGCCCAAAAUCCCAGGCCGGCUUGAACGGCGAGGAGCCGCCGAGAGGCCAGCGGCAGGGAGUGUGCGGGGCUCUCAGGAGGCGGCCGUGCAGAGGAGUGGCGUGGGAACCGAGGGGAAUCAGAAAGGAGGCCUUUUAAUGUUAGGGUGAGAACGCCGCAGCAGGUCUGGGUCGUGAUGCAAAAGUAGGCGGGAGGGGAGGCGUCCAGGGCCUCCGGAGGACAGAGCGUGCAGAGCGGACAUCCGUGGUGGCAAGGUCAGCCUUGGACAGAAAGAGAGCUCUGUUGUGUUGCUACAGGAGAAAUGGAGGGGAAAUAUGUGGGUUAGUUGGGAGGUGAAGUUGAGGAAACUGGCAAACAAGCUGUAUUUUUUUUAACAUUUAUUUAUUUAUUUUGGAGAGACAGAAAGAAACAGUGUAAGCGCGGGAGGGGGAGUCACAGAAUCCGAAGCAGGCUCCAGCUGUCAGCCCAGAGCCCAAUGUGCGGCUCGAACCCACGAACCAUGAGACCAUGACCUGAGCCGAAGGCUGAGCCCCCCAGGCGCCCCUAAGCUGUAUGUUUUUUGAUGCAGAGAAGGCCCCUGCCUCAAGUGAAGAAGAAAGAAGGUUGGGAAAGUUAGGAAAGACGACAAAGUUUGAAAUCGUCGCUGUGGAAACUCUUAAGAGAAAACUGAGCUGGGGACACCUAAGAAGUUGCCUAGAGGGCCAGUUAACGUGGGCGGCCAGGAACUCAUGGCAGCACCACGGUUGUUUGAUUUUUGCUCAUCAGAGUCCCCCUGGAUGGUAGGAUCUCCAUUUGGAGAUGGAGCCGCCCCAUGUCUGUCUCCCAGUGAGUGGACCGAGGUCCUCGAAGUCAGGGUCCGUGUAACAGGCAUUUCCGUAUGCGAGGCACGUAGAGUACAGUGUUUGACGUUCAGGGAGUGAAUUCAGUGUUAGCUAGAACGGGUGGGAAAAGGCAUCAGAGAAGGUGAGGGACUGGAAAAAUGGGUGGGGCUUAGCUUCAAGUGCAUCUUAGGAUAAUUGGAAAUUAAGGCUCUUUUACUCAUUUAGGGAGAAAGGAGAAUAGCCUAAUCACUUGGCAUCCAGCACCCUGAAAUAACAAACUAGAGGGAAAAGGGACUGAGGUUCACAGCCAGGAAUAAAAUAAGUCUAUUUAAAUCUAAGCUAUGUAGUAAAUGCAUGAUUUUCCUAAAGAAAAUGAAAGAAUUUGGAAGUUCUUACGGGUUCACACUCAAGUGCUGAUCCUAAAAGUAUGACCAGAUAAUCUGCAUAACCGCUAGAUUGCAUUUCCGUUAACAUCAUAAUUUAGCCCUAACAUUCCGAAGAUUGGAUUUAACCUUGGGCUUCACGUAUCUGCACCGUCUCCUCUCAAGUUUUAGCAACUGCCAAAUCCCUGAACUCCCAAGGGUUGAGUUCCAUCUUUUCCCACACUGACACCGCUCUUCCCUAUCUUUUGGAGCUGGGCAAGAAGUAGGAAGAUCAUGUAUUAUCCUGGAGUUCAAAGGAAGAAAAAUAAUGUUGGACUGCGGGAUCCACCCUGGCCUGGAAGGAAUGGAUGCGCUUCCUUAUAUUGAUUUAAUUGACCCCGCUGAGAUUGAUCUCCUGUUAAUUAGUCAUUUCCAUCUGGAUCACUGUGGAGCUUUGCCCUGGUUUCUACAGAAGACAAGUUUCAAAGGAAGGACAUUUAUGACUCACGCUACAAAAGCUAUUUAUAGAUGGCUUCUCUCAGAUUAUGUCAAAGUUAGUAACAUAUCAGCAGACGACAUGCUGUACACGGAGACAGAUUUGGAAGAGAGCAUGGACAAAAUCGAAACCAUCAACUUUCAUGAAGUUAAAGAAGUUGCAGGAAUCAAGUUUUGGUGUUACCAUGCAGGCCACGUUCUAGGAGCUGCCAUGUUCAUGAUUGAGAUCGCGGGCGUGAAGCUUUUGUACACAGGUGAUUUCUCAAGACAAGAAGAUAGACACUUAAUGGCAGCUGAAAUUCCUAAUAUUAAACCUGACAUUCUCAUUAUUGAAUCUACGUAUGGGACGCACAUUCAUGAGAAGCGUGAAGAGAGAGAAGCAAGAUUCUGUAACACCGUUCAUGACAUUGUAAACAGAGGGGGCAGAGGCCUCAUUCCCGUCUUUGCUCUUGGAAGGGCUCAGGAGCUGCUCUUGAUCUUAGAUGAGUACUGGCAGAAUCACCCAGAACUCCAUGAUAUUCCCAUAUACUAUGCGUCGUCUUUGGCCAAGAAGUGUAUGGCAGUGUACCAGACGUACGUAAAUGCCAUGAACGACAAAAUCCGCAAACAGAUCAACAUCAACAAUCCCUUUGUGUUCAAGCACAUCAGUAACCUCAAGAGCAUGGAUCAUUUUGAUGACAUUGGUCCCAGUGUCGUCAUGGCCUCCCCGGGCAUGAUGCAAAGUGGCUUAUCCAGAGAGCUCUUUGAAAGCUGGUGCACGGAUAAGAGGAACGGCGUCAUUAUAGCAGGGUACUGUGUAGAAGGGACACUUGCCAAGCAUAUCAUGUCUGAACCAGAAGAAAUCACUACCAUGUCUGGACAGAAGUUACCACUGAAAAUGUCUGUUGAUUACAUUUCUUUCUCUGCUCACACAGAUUACCAACAAACCAGUGAAUUUAUCCGUGCUUUGAAACCGCCUCAUGUGAUUUUAGUCCAUGGAGAACAAAAUGAAAUGGCCAGAUUGAAAGCAGCCCUGAUUCGAGAAUAUGAAGAUAACGAUGAAGUUCACAUAGAGGUUCAUAAUCCUCGGAAUACGGAAGCUGUGACCUUGAAUUUCAGAGGAGAAAAGCUAGCCAAGGUCAUGGGCUUUUUAGCAGACAAAAAACCAGAACAAGGCCAGCGGGUCUCAGGAAUACUUGUUAAAAGAAACUUUAAUUAUCACAUACUUUCUCCUUGUGACCUCUCCAAUUAUACUGACUUGGCCAUGAGCACUGUGAAACAGACCCAAGCCAUUCCGUAUACUGGUCCUUUUAAUUUGCUCUAUUACCAGCUACAGAAGUUGACAGGUGAUGUGGAAGAAUUAGAAAUUCAAGAAAAACCUGCUCUGAAAGUAUUCAAAAAUAUUACUGUAAUACAGGAACCAGGAAUGGUGGUAUUAGAAUGGUUAGCAAACCCUUCCAACGAUAUGUAUGCGGAUACAGUAACAACCGUGAUCCUGGAAGUUCAGUCAAACCCGAAAAUCAGGAAAGGUGCAGUACAGAAGGUUUCUAAAAAAUUAGAAAUGCACGUUUAUAGCAAAAGGUUGGAGAUCAUGCUCCAGGACAUAUUUGGAGAAGACUGUGUAAGUGUAAAAGACGGUUCCAUUCUCAGUGUCACAGUGGAUGGAAAAACUGCUAAUAUAAACCUGGAGACACGGACGGUCGAAUGUGAGGAAGGAAGCGAGGAUGAUGAGUCCCUCCGGGAGAUGGUGGAGCUGGCCGCGCAGAGACUCUACGAGGCCCUCACGCCAGUUCACUGAGAGCUGCGGGUCUGCGGACAUGUUAAAGCUUGUCUUUAAUGCUUGACUCUACUUCUCUUCAAAUAAAAUACGUUAGUUUCUCUGGAAUAGCCUAUUUACUUGUGAUGUCAAAUGGCCUGUGUUCCAACAGCUUAAAUGCUAAGUUCCCAACUCCUCUGUCCAUGAUUCCAGAACUACCAAAUAAACUGUUAUUUCAGAGCUUA